GGCCCAACGGGCGGAGCAGGAGAAAGAGUAUGUAUGAAGUGAAUGAGCGAGUGCCUUCGUCAUCGUGAACAGAUUUUACAAAUUGCAGUGUGGGGUGCUAGAAUUAUGUUGAAUUUAAUGAAGUGAACAAUAUUAUUGGUGAUGUUGGCCUUAGGCUUAUUGUUAUUUCGUAAAAAAACUGUAAAAGAACACACAUUUACUGUAGUAAUCCGUCAAAAAUCGAGAAAGCUUCAAACGUGUUUGAAGCUUUCGUUUUCGCAUUAAUGGAACUAUGAACCUGGACCCUUUAACGUUUAGCUUAUCGCAAAUCAAUUGUCUCGUUGUAAAUUUAAAUAAGAAAAACUUCAAACAAACAAGUCAGGAGUUGUCCCAGCUUGUCAGCAUCUAUGGACUGGAAGCAGAAAAUCAACUCCUAAGGUGCUUGCUGACUGAGGCAGCUAAGGCAUCUUGGGACAGUGACCGGCCAAGUUCAAGCCCCAGUAACAAUAUAUACGCAUCUCUACUGUCGCAGCACCUAGGCUCGCUACUCAAUCAUCCGGCCAAAUCAACAGUAAUUUGUCGUGCAGUAGAUCAACCUAAUCGGACUUUGCAAAGGAUUUUAAAACCCACUAAUACAUUACUGAAUCGGUUGUCAAGAUUACUAAGAUUAACCACUGCUGAAGAUGUUGCCUUUUCUUUAAUUUUGAGAAAGUCCUCCUCGAAACCAGAAAUCGUAUCAUUGGCAAAGCAACAUCUGAAAAAGAGAUUUCUUGAUCUCGUGCAGUGCUACUUGGACGCAGAACGUGGACAUCAAGCGGAACGAGCAGGUCUUCAGGAAUGCAGCCCUGAAGUACUACAAACCUUACUAACAAGUUUAGCUCAUCAGGCACUAGCGACUGUGACGAAAGACUUAUUCCUAUUACGGUUACGAGUAGACUUUCGACGCGAAGUAGUGCCAAUCGUUUUAGCGCCACUUCUGUACCCUGACGACACAAAGACACCGCUAGAGGAAAUGACAACAACUGAUGAUAUGACAGCAGCAAUGAUGGACAACUCAUUAGCAGAGGUCAUCAGGGAUAUCGGUUACUCAUUCACUUCUUCUGUAGAAGAAUGCAAGAACAACAUGCUAAACUUUGGUGCAAGAGAGCCGACAGCUAUGGACGUUGCCAGGAUGAUAUCCGUGAUGAUCAGAUACCAUACUACGGUCCAAGAUGGUCCCCAGAUACAAACGCCAGGCAACUUUUGGAUGAGCCAUGAAGCGAAGAAGGAUGGUUUGUGUCAUGGCCACGGAGAGUCAUGGAAUGCUGAAGUUUUUGUUCAAACUCUCAAAGAACUCGCCUCUAAUUUGAAUUGGAAGGAAGUAAUAUUGCAACUUGAUCACCCAGAAUUUUUAGUGCCUGAUAGACAGGCCCUAAGUUUAUUGUUCACUAUUCUUCGUCUUGGACUUCAGAGCGCAGGAUAUCCCUCUAAUAUAUUCCCUGUGGAUUACCUCUGUCGACGAUGGACUAAUUUAGAAGGACAAAUGAGCCUAAUCAGCAUUAUCAUCAAACAUCCGGACAUAUUCUGUUUUGCUGAUCAUCCAUUCCAUCCAGUUCAAAUUGAUCUCCUCAAGUCUCCUCCAGAAACUGACAAUAAAGAAAUAGCUACAUGGCGCUGCUUGUAUUUGGUUGAACUUCUUCUUCACACCUCUGAACGUGGGUACUAUAUGCAAGUUCUUGAACUGUUCAAGUUCCCACUACAACAUUGUCCCGACAUAUUGCUACUUGCAUUAUUACAGAUACCGCCACCAGUUACUCCAUUUAGACAAGAAUUGUUGACAAUGCUUAUACCAAUCUUCUUAGGCAAUCAUCCUAAUUCAGGAACUAUUUUACAUCAUGCCUGGCAUACGCAAAAUCCAAACAUAAAACCUAUUAUCAUGCAUGCUAUGGCGGAUUGGUAUAUACGUGGUGAGAGUGAUCAAUCUAAAUUAUCUAGAAUAUUGGAUGUAGCACAAGAUCUUAAAGCACUGUCAUUAUUGCUGAAUGUGCAAUCAUUUCCUUUUGUUAUCGAUCUAGCCUGUUUAGCGUCGCGGAGAGAGUACCUUAAACUUGACAAAUGGUUAACGGACAAGAUUAGAGACCAUGGUGAGAUAUUCGUAUCGGCUAUGGUGAAAUUUUUACAGCGAAGAUGCCCUCAAGUUCUCGGUAAACCGGACGAACAAUUACCGAAAGCCGCUCAACUUCCUAAUGAGACAGUAAGCACGAUGUUAACUUGUUUGCAGUUGUGCAUUCCAAAUGUGCAACCCGAAUUACAAGAAGCUAUAUACAAUGUUGUCACAAACUGUCAACCGAUGUUAAUCAGCAAAAGACAAAGCAUUGCUGGUAUUGCUCGUCCACAUACCAGAUUAAUAGAAACGCCUUUCAACCCAGCUGGAUUAGGUGGGCAGUUAUUUACUCCGCAUGUUGAAUCUAUCACCAGUCUAACUACAAAUGUUGCUAACAUGAAUUUGGGAGCUCCGGCCAACACUACAUUUGCUAUGCCAGGAACUCUCGGACCAUUAGUAACCACGCCAGGAUCACCAUCUCGUUUGAUGGGAGCGGGUCCAAAUAGUCCUUUUGCGAUGAUGCCUUUGCAACACAAUUCGAAUGUUGCCAAUAUGGGCGCGCUGGCUAGAAUGGCCCCAGCACCCGCUAUGGAUAAACCGCGUAUUCCGGAUCCAAUACAUUUCCCGGAAAUAAUGCAUAAUGUUACAAAGGAGAUAGAGGAUGAGGCUAAUGGAUAUUUUCAAAGGAUAUAUAAUCACCCACCACAUCCAACUCUGUCUAUAGAUGAGGUAUUGGAGAUGUUAAAAAAAUUUCAGGACUCUCCAAACAAAAGAGAACGUGAAGUAUUUUCCUGUAUGCUGCGUAACCUCUUUGAAGAAUACAAAUUUUUCCCUCAGUAUCCAGACAAAGAGUUGCAUAUUACUGCCCAAUUAUUUGGAGGUAUAAUCGAAAAGGGGCUUGUUCCAAGUUACGUUUCGUUAGGUUUAGCUUUGCGUUUCGUACUUGACGCCCUGAGAAAACCGGAGGGCUCUAAAAUGUAUUACUUUGGUAUUGCUGCUCUAGACCGAUUUAAGUCGCGUCUUAAAGAUUAUCAUAAAUAUUGUGAGCAUGUCAGAGCUAUACCACAUUUUAGUGAAUUCCCCCCACAUCUUAUUGAAUAUAUUGAAUAUGGCCUACAAAGUCAAGAACCACCAACUAAGCCUCAAGGACCGGUGUUACCAACUAGUUCUGCAGUAUUGAAUCAAACUGCUGUCGUAACUGUUUCGGCGCCCUACAGGGCCGUUGUAUGUGCACAUUCGUCGAUUUCAGCGAUAUCGAAAGUAACGAAUUGUGCUGCUGGGGGCCUGGGGAGCCGACCAUCUAUAGCAAAUGCAACCAAUAUCGACACCCUAUUAACUGCAACCGACAGAGAGGAGAAAAUAAAUUCUCCACCAGAGGCUAUACAAGACAAAACGGCCUUCAUUUUCAAUAACCUCAGUCAACUCAACCUCCAAACUAAAUGUGAAGAACUCAAGGAAAUAAUCACUGAAGAAUACUAUCCGUGGCUGUCUCAAUAUCUGGUCAUGAAGCGCGCGUCCAUCGAAUUAAAUUUCCACGCGCUGUAUUCCAAUUUUCUUGACGUUCUUAAAAUUCGAGAUAUCAACAAAAUGGUCACUAAGGAAACGUAUCGUAACAUCAGGGUGCUUUUACGGUCAGAUAAAGGUAUUGCAAAUUUUUCUGAUCGUACGCUACUUAAAAAUCUUGGUCACUGGCUUGGAAUGCUGACUUUAGCUCGCAACCAACCCAUUUUACAUAUAGAUCUGGAUCUUAAAGCUUUAUUGUUAGAAGCAUAUCACAAGGGCCAACAAGAAUUGCUUUAUGUGGUACCAUUCGUGGCGAAAGUGUUGGAGUCUUGCGCAAAAAGCGUCGUAUUCAAGCCGCCCAAUCCUUGGACGAUGGCGCUAAUGAACGUUCUUGCCGAACUUCAUCAAGAGCAAGAUUUAAAAUUGAACUUGAAAUUUGAAAUAGAAGUUCUAUGUAAAAACCUCAGCUUAGAUAUUUCAGAUCUGAAACCGUCCUUAUACUUGAAAGAUCCUGAUAAACUUCGCUUGAUAGAGUUUCAGUUGUCGCAACCUAAGCCAAAUAAAGAAACAUCGAACGCCUUGGUUCCCCAGACUGUGUUGGCUGCACCGCAAAUGCAAAUGAUGGCACAACCGCCAAUGUUGCCAGCAGACGAGCUCUCGGCGACCGCCGCGACGCCCACCAGUGGCCUCGUUGCUGCCGACCCCAGCAUGAUGGGUGUAUUAGGAUUACCAGAGCCUAGAUUUAGCUAUCUAGACGUCAACGUGUCCUCGACUUCAGCCUUUGGUCAAAAAAUAUGCUUCAACCCACACAUUAUUCUGUUCCAAAACUACCCACAUUUGAAACAAUAUGUCAAGCCUGCAAUUGAGAGGUCGAUUCAAGAAUGGAUUCACCCUGUAGUGGACAGAUCGAUUAAAUACGCACUGACCACUUGCGAACAAAUAAUCAGAAAGGAUUUUGCACUAGACCCUGAUGAGGUUAGAAUGCGUACCUGCGCGCAUCAUAUGAUGAGAAAUUUGACCGCUGGCAUGGCUAUGAUUACCUGUCGGGAACAAAUCAUUAGCACCAUUAGCACUAAUUUAAAGAACGCGUUUGUCACGGCGCUAAUGCCUUCAACGCCUCAACAGGAAAUCAUCGAAAGCGCAGCAGCGGUUUUAGCAACAGAGAAUAUGGAACUCGCAUGCGCGUUUAUCCAGAAGACAGCAGUCGAAAAAGCUCUACCCGAACUCGACAAAAGAUUAUUGAACGAUUACGAGAUUAGAAAGAUAGCUAGGCAGGAGGGGAGACGGUAUUACGAUCCCGUCGUUCUAACCUACCAAACCGAGAGAAUCGCAGAACGGGUCCGUUUACGGGUGAGCGGACCGACAGACAUGCAAAUUGCUGUAUAUGAAGAAUUUGCAUGUAACAUACCAGGCUUCAUGCCUGUCCGAGACGCUGGCAUGUUUAUUCCCAAGCCGUCAGCACAAGAGCAAUUGCCCCAGUUGACUUUCAGUCAAGUUAUAAACCCAAGUCAAGUUUAUGGCGCUGAUGAGAUGACAGGUCUGAUCAGUGCCGCCGAAAUGUUUUUGGGUAGCUCCGUUGGUGUGGCGUCCCUAACCGUGCAAGCUGGAAAUAUGCACUCAUUGUUGGAAUGUCUAUUCAUGGCGAGAAGGAACCGCGACAUUGUAUCUGGCUGUACUCUAUUACAAAAGGCUGUGGAAGGUUUACUUGACGGUCACGUCGUCCAGCCAGGCGCGAACAGCGACCAAGUGGAAAUAAUGACACGCUACCGUGAUAUCCACCUUCGCGUCCUGAAGCUCUUAGAAGAUGGCCGAGUUUAUGGCCACGUAUGGACUACCAAGCAGAUAACCUGUUGCCUUACAGAGUGCAGGGAAGACCUCAGAUACAACAUAGAAGCUGUUGACUGCCUUAUCAGGAAUCAUUUAAUCAAUUUACACCAGUACGACAUUGCUCUCGCGCAUAUGAUGGACAACGGUAACAAUUACAUGGCUGUGGCGUUUGCUAUGCAACUAGUGCAGUUGUACCUUGUCGACGAUAGAAACAAUAUGUAUGUCAACGAGUCAGACCUGUACCACACGACCGACAUGCUUGUACGCAUCAUGACACACUCGAGGCAACCGCCGCCCGAAGGGCUCGGCACGCUGAUCGAAAUGCUGAGGGUUAACCAGGAUCCUAGUGCUUAUUUGGGCGAGAGGUCCCCUCUUGGGCCGACGGCGCACAUCCAUUCGGGUAUCAUGUCAGUGCGUGCUCGCGAUUUUGACGACCCACCCGGUUUACAAGAGAAAACCGAGAAUCUUCUACGCGAAUGGAGAACGAACUUACUCAACCCAUUGACAGAACUUGAGAUCGCGCAGAAUUUCAAUUUAUACGCUCAUCGGAUGAAUAUGAACGGCAUAUUGAAAUCGGACGAUAUGAUCACGCGAUUCUUCAGGAUUGCCACACAGAUGUGCAUCGAGAAUGUGUACCAGCAGCUGAACGAGGAGAGGCUCAAUCCACCACAGACGCCGUCCAAGAAGGACAAAUAUUACGGAAUGUGCGAUUCCUUCAUCAAACUCGUUUCACUACUCAUCAAGAACACUGCAGAUAAUGGCAACCCUACACCCAAACUGAACCUCUUGAAUAAAAUCCUUGGCAUUAUCGCUGGGUGGCUCCUUAUGGACCACGAGGAACAAGGCACCAACUUCCAACAACUACCUUACCAUCGACUUCUUCUAAUCCUGUUUCUCGACAUGAAUAUGGCGGAGCCUGUUUUAGAAUCCAUGAAUUAUCAGGUUCUAACUGCAUUCUGUCACACUCUCCGCAUAAUUCGGCCCAGCAACGCGUCCGGAUUCUGUUACGCCUGGCUUGAACUGGUUGCGCAUCGUGCUUUUAUCAACAGGGUGUUGGCCGUCACACCUCAACAAAAGGGUUGGGGAAUGUACUCCACGCUGCUGAUCGACCUGUUCAAAUACUUGGAUCCAUUCCUCCGGAACACGGAAUUGGCUGCGCCAGUCAUGAUGCUGUACAAAGGCACCCUCAAAGUGCUGCUCGUUUUACUGCACGAUUUCCCCGAGUUUCUCUGUGAUUACCACUAUGGAUUCUGCGACGAAAUACCACCCAACUGCAUACAAAUGAGGAACCUCAUCCUCUCUGCUUUCCCGAGGAAUAUGCGUCUCCCGGAUCCCUUCACACCGAACCUCAAGGUGGACCUCCUUGCUGAAAUCACACUGCCGCCGCGUGCUGUGAUCAACUAUGCCACAAUACUGCCAUCGUCGCAGUUCAAGAAGGAUUUAGACGCGUACCUCAAAGCUCGUGCGCCAGUCACUUUCCUGUCGGAACUGCGCAGCCAUAUGCAGGUGUUGAAUGAGCCCGGCCGAAGGUACAACAGUCAGUUGAUGAAUGCAGUCGUGCUGUAUGUGGGCACUCAAGCCAUAGCACACAUCCGUUCCAAGGGGCAGACACCGAACAUGUCAACGAUCGCACACUCGUCACACAUGGACAUCUUCCAGAACUUCACCGUCGAUUUCGACUAUGAGGGAAGAUAUCUGUUCUUGAACGCAAUAGCGAACCAGCUCCGUUACCCCAACAGUCAUACGCACUAUUUUUCUUGCUGCCUCCUCUAUUUGUUUGCGGAAGCGAAUUCGGAGGCUGUCCAAGAGCAAAUCACGCGGAUGCUGCUUGAGAGGCUGAUCGUGAAUCGGCCCCACCCGUGGGGUCUGCUGAUCACGUUCAUCGAGCUGAUCAAGAACCCCAUCUACAAGUUUUGGUCUCACGAGUUUGUACACUGUGCGCCGGAGAUUAAGAAGCUUUUCGAGUCUGUCGCAAGGUCGUGCAUCGUCGACAAGUCAGGAGCUGGCGGGGGGGAACGCGAAAUAGCCGAGUAGCGCCGCGCCAAUUGGGAGUCAGUCCGGCAUAAGCAUAUUUUCAAAAGCUUUGUCGAGAAAGGCUUCCAAUCUGAGGUGCAACAAGGUGAAGCUCCUCAGCCAUCUACUUCAUCCCAACCACCCAAACACGCCCUACAAUGGAAUAAACUGUUCAAAAAGUAAUAGUGCUGUGCUGUGAAAUAAUUCGGUGAAAGCAAAUACCAAUAAUUUUAACAAUAUUGACGGUGUAGGCGUGGCGUAAUUAGGCCGGGCGGACCGUGGCGGGGCGCCAGACUGCAAAUUAGCAAUACUGAAAAGUAGUUUUAUAUUAAUCACGCCCGCGAGCCGUCGCGUCGCCAAUGCGCCUGUUACGCUACGGCCACUAUUUGGCUUGUUAGAAAUAAAUUGUACUAAUAUGUUUUAAACCGAUCAUUUUCUGCAUGUAUGAUUUUUGUUUUUUAAUUAUUAUUAUUUGAAGAAAAAAUAAAAUAAAAUAAAUUAAAACUGACAUAAUUUUGUGAUUAUAAAAAUUUUACUCCUAUUUAUUUAUUUAUACGGCGUUCAACUGCCGUGAAAAUUUAAAGCACAUUGUACAGUUUCAUUCUAGAGCAAAACAUGUUUUACAUAUUCAAUUGAAUAAUUUAUGUUGUCUCAUUAUGUGUUGUGAUGUCUGAAUUUUUAAUAUUCACAAUUGAUUUUAAACAGCGUAUCCUAUAAUUAAUGAUAAUGAAUGAAUAAUUUAAAUUAUAUAUUGUACAGAAUUUUUAAUUCUUAAAAUUAUCCAUUAAUUAUAUUAAGACAUUAAUUGCAUGUUUUAUUCUUUAUGACAAAUGAUAAACUACCAUCGGCUGUAAUUCGUAUUGAUAGGUUGAAAGAAAUGUAGUAGUUAGUAGCGAGUCCACACAGCGCGCGCACCGGCCACGGACAAUUUACAAUAUUCAAACGAUCUUGACGUGUCAGUGAAAUGGUGAGACACGCCACGAGUCUUAUGUUUGAAAAACCUUACCUCCAUAUUCCGUUACGUUCCCAUACCUGUAAACAGUGCCACUAUGCUGUGCUGUAUUUUAUUAAUUAACAAAUUUGUAACUGACGUGUCUUUGAUUUAUUGUAUUAGUGGAAUUACGGUAGAAAUGGCUUUCAAGAAGUACAAAAUACGGAGUGAAAAUUGUAUACUGGGUGGCCGAGCGAUAGACGUAACCAACGGUACGCUAGCAUUCAAAAGCUGCAUAUGAAUGCCAACGUUUCCUUGAACAAGUCUGUCCCGUUGACAAUAUCGUCGAACCAUGUGAUCAGUAAUCGGUCGAUACAUAGCGACAUUGCAUACGUGGUGAGGAUUGGCAACACUUGUCAACGCUACCUUGCCAUUCUUAGUACUUCUUUAGUGUCCGACUUACCGUGUACGAAUCUUAAUCAGAUUAAUGAAGCUAAUUAGAUUAAAUAAUAAUUAUAACUAUAAAAUAAUUAAUUAAUUAAUAUGUAGAAUUAAAUUAUAAUAAAUGAUUAGCAAUUGAUAAUGGUAACGAAUUAUAAAACUUUGUAUGGCAUGCCCUUGUAAAGUUUUAAAAGUGGAUUUUCAAAUGUAAUCUAGGCAUAUAGAAUUAAUGUUUACGCUACAAAUUUGUCAUUAAGCUAAUGUAUAAUAAUCCAUUUUUUAAAAUUGUGUUUUAAUAAAAUAUUUUUUCAUCAA